GAGAGGGAGAGAGAAAAAGAAAAGAAGGGCCGGCCAUCUGCGGGACGAAGGCGGGAGGGAUAGCCCAGUCCUGCUCUGAAUUGCAGGGAUAGCGAGUGGUCGAGAUUGAUAUCAGGGAACAAGAACAACAAGACUACUGCAUUACAGGAGAUAUUAAGCAAGAGACGAGACAAGACGGAAUGCAGAACUCGAAUCCGACGCUGUUGAGCGCAGCUGACCUGCCCAGCCGGGAGAAGAAGGGCGCAGAGUCCAAGGUCAGGCUGGACAGCAUCUUCACCACGGAGUCUACCUUUGAUCCCUUUGCCAGAUACCAGGAGGACGACGACGAUGGCGAGAGCAGUCAGGAUGGCAGCCAGGACGAGCUCGAGGAGCCCAUCGACGAGCAGGAGAUAUUCGACUUGAUCGCAACGAUAUCAGACCCCGAGCACCCGAUUCCGCUGGCAGAGCUGGCCGUCGUCUCGCUGCAGGACAUCAGCAUCACGCCGGCAUUGCCUCGCUCGCCGUCGUCUCCCCUCCGCAAGGUCACCGUCCUGCUUACCCCCACCAUCACCCACUGUAGCCUGGCCACCGUUAUCGGGCUUGGAGUGCGCGUCAGACUGGAGCAGGCCUUGCCCCCGCGGUUCAGAGUCGACGUCCGGCUCAAGGAGGGCUCGCAUAGCACGGCAGAUGAGGUCAACAAGCAGCUGGCAGACAAGGAGCGGGUGGCGGCUGCACUGGAGAACCAGACGCUCAUGGGCGUCGUGGGGAAGAUGCUGGAGACCUGUCGAUGACUGCCUCCCUGCCAAUGACCUGACCUUAGUUUCUCUGUGUCUGAAGAUGGUGGUAAUGACGGAUUAUGUGAUGGUAUACUCGGUAUACUCGGUACUAUGGGGCGGAGUGGUAUUAUUAUGACAGCUACUGCGGACAUGGGCCCGAGGUAGCGUAGGAGGAAACAGAGGAAGCAUAUAGAAAAGGAGGACCGGCGUAAACCGCAUGUAAGUGUAUGUUACUUGUGUCUAUUUUAUGGCAUUUGCCAGUCCUCCCCUUCUCAGCACGCCGAGCAGCUAACGAUGGCCCGUCUUUAUUUUUAUCCCUUUAUUGCUUUCUUUUCUUCUUCUGUCUAUGCACUGCUAUUACUAUUCUCCGCCACUGACCAGUCUCCCAGUAUCCAGGAAUGGACAUCAGUCGACUCAAUCUCUUCGGUUGCCCUGUUCGUUUUCCCGCAGUGAUGGUUAGGGUUGUUUUUCUUUUCUUUACUUCUUCUGCGUCUGCCCCUGCAGGACCAGAGCAAGAUCGUCGCAGGCAUGGUAGGCUUGCCUGGCUCUCCCACUGUCUGCCUGUCUGCCUGUCUGCCUGUUGGGCCGUCGGGCUGCUGGGCUGUUUGUGUGUGCGGGAUAUAUGACGGACGGUAGAAUUGGAUGGCCCUCCCCCCUCGAGUGAUAGCUCCAGUCCUGGCAAUCCGUCGUCCCUCGCAGUCGAUACAUCCUAUAUAUCGAGGCUCCAGUCUCCAGUCUCUAGCCUCGAGACUAUGGGGUGCUCCUCGGUGGCGUCUUACCGUGGUAGGCAGUUCGACUGAUGCCCGGACUCAGCAUCACGGCCAAAAGACAAGACUUCAGGUGUAUCUAUCCGCUGCCGCUGCUUCGUAUAUGCGUGUAUCUUUGUGUAAAUAUAUAUACUAUAUAUAUCAC